UUAUGUACUGCAAAAUUCGACUAUCUUCCAUUUAACCUUCGAGGGUGGAUUAAGAAAAUAUUAGUACCUUAGUUAGGUCAGUUUUUGCAUUUUUUUCGACCCAAAAUCAAGUAAAAGCUUUUGCGCGCUAUUUAAAUUUUCUAGAUCGCAGAAAAUUCACAUGAUCAACCACAAAAAGAUCAAUCAAGGGGAAAAUUUAUUUUCUGUGGCUUCUCCUUCGAAUUUAAUUUUCGUGUGCAUUCACGUCGAAAUUAGAUCACUUAAAUGCUCCAUUCUGUGCGAUUGAUCAAGAUGUACAAUGGAUAUGCGGGAUAAAUGUGGAAUGUAUAAGAUAAAUCAUUGCACUUGCAACUGGAUUGAUCAAAAGAAAAAGUCAAAGCGAGAUAAGAAUAAAGCUCUCAUACAUUCAAAAUAUUUGGUUGAGCUUAAGAUGAAACAAAAGAAGAUCGAUGAACAAAAUCAAAUCUUCCUGGAAAUUCUUCUAAGAGCCAAACCAAAAGUAGACACGUGGGCGACUGAGAAAAUUCCAAAUAGAUACCCAAAGCCUCCGAGGGAGCUUUUUCCCAAUUAUCUCAUGCCUAUGGGGCAGAUUCCGAAGAGCAAAUGUUGCAGACAAAUUUUCUUGGAGUUCAGUCCGGAUGCAGAAGCCGUUCAGACUUACGGGAGAUUGUCUGUUGUCCUCUUUUUUGAUCUUGCACCAAAAACAUGCCGUCUUUUCGUUGACUACAUCACCCAGUGCUCAUAUGGGAAAGCAAUCUCCGUCAACAAAAUCUUCACAGAUAUGUUUCUGGAAUUUAGAAUAAUGGAUGAUUCACUGAGAGAUCCCUUCGAUAAGAAGCACGCCUCCCUGCAGCACAGCCAUGCUGGAACUCUCUCUGCAAUGUACGUACAGACGAGACUUUACAAGUAUUCCUACAUGCAGUUUGUGAUCUCCUUCAAACCACUUCCUCGCAUGGAUGCGGUUGGUCAUGCCUUUGGCUAUGUUGUCCAAGGAGCUGAUCUGCUAAAGUAUUUUGAAACUUUUGGAACAACACGUGGGUGGAUGAAAGAAAAACUUUUCCUAACACGAUGUGGAUUGGAAAAGAAUAAAUAA